AUGGGGAAGAACAGGGGUAAGAUUCUGGACCAAAACAUGGAGCUUCAUAUUCGUGAAGGUAAUGAGAAAGAACAUGAAGAAAACUAUGAAGAACCUCUUUUGGUUCAUGAAGAUGAAAAGCUAAUAAAAAGGGCUCUGAUUGACUUCAAGUUCAAAGUAGAAGAUGCGAUGCAUGGGAAUUAUCUGUUUGGGAUCCCUGACACUCAUCCCUGCCAUAACCAGACCACAACGGAGAUUGAACAGCUUAAUGAGAUCAAACUCUGGGGUGUAUCUUUGAUGCCAAGCAAACCCCACGAAGGGACCGAUACCCUGUUGUUGAAAUUCUUGAAGUCGAAAAACUAUGUAGUCCAUGAGGCGUUGGAGAAGCUUCGGAAGACGUUGGCAUGGCGGAAGGACUUCAAGGCUGAUGAAAUUCUGGAAGAGAAUUUGGGUCCUGAAUUCCAAAAAGUGGCUUACCUCAAUACCGUAGACAAGGAAGGUCGCCCUGUCUUUUACCAUGUUUAUGGCGAUUUGAAAGACAAGCCAAUGCAGUAUCUUAAAAAAAUGAUAUCAGAAGAGAAUUCUGACAAGUUUUUAAGAUGGAGAGUUCAACAAAUGGAGAAGUGCAUAAAAGAACUCAACUUUGAACCCGGUGGAGCUGACUCAUUGAUUCAGGUAAUAGAUUGGAAGGACUUUCAAGGACCUCACACUAAGGAACUUCGUUCUGUUUAUCGAAAAUGUUGGACGUUGCUUGAAGAACAUUAUCCUGGGAUCAUCCAUCAAUAUGUAAGAUCAAAACAUACACAUACAAACCAUUAUGUAUACAUAUUCUUUGAUGACUCAUCAUAUUUGUUUAUUGCUAAUUAAUGACAGAUAAUUGUAAACGUUCCUUUACGGUACUAUGUAUCCCAGUCGUUUUCUUCACGGUUGAUAACUCACAAACCGAGUAACAAGAUCAUUUUUGCCAGACCAGGGAAAGUUACUGAGACUCUUCUGAGAUUCAUAUCUCCAGAAAACCUUCUAAUUGAAUAUGGAGGUCUCAAAAGAAUCAACGACAGCGAGUUUUCGUCGGAGCACAAAGUGUUCGAGCUUAAUCUCAAAGCACAUGCAUCAACACAUAUUGAAAUUCCAGCCCCCGAGGUUGGAGUGACAAUAGUAUGGGAUGUAACAGUGGUGGGAUGGAAUGUAACAUACAAAGAGGAGUUCAUACCAGAGGAUGAAGGGUCGUACCAGGUAUUGUUGCAAGACAAGGAAAAGAAACGGGGGGAGAGACAGUGUGUUAGGAACUCAUAUUAUAUAAAUGAAGGAGGGAUGAUCAGUAUAUUUAUUCACAAUCACAUUAACAAGUGCAAGAAGGUUUUCUAUAGAUACAAAACCAAACCCACUGUUCCCACAUAUCUCUUGUAUAAAACAUAAUACACUGUACGUAUCUUAAAUAUAAAGUUCAUUUGUUUAAA